GGGCGAAACGUAGACAAUACAUUCUCUGUAAUGUGUCCAUAUAGGACUUGGUACGGCGGCACCUUCAGUGGCCCUAUAAACCCACAACAAACAACACUGUCCAACUUGACGUCAGACGCUCGACGUUUCAUACGUUUUUUGGGGGGUGAAACGUUGCAAACUGAGUGGGCACUCCCCAUAACGAACAACCACCGAAGACAAGUAUCCGGAACGACCAGGCAGCAAUGCACGUAAUUCCUGCCUCUAAAGUCAGGGGGUCGAGUCCCUCGAGGAAGACUGUGCUUCCAGUGACUCCAGCUCUAAAACUGGAGGAUGAAUCUACACACUUCAGGUGUAAAACUCUCAAGCGCAAGAAUAAUGAUGACGGUGCGUCUGUGCCUAAUAGGAAAAGGAAUGUCAAGACGUUGGUGAAAACAGACUAUGUUAUUGAGUUCAAGCGUAUCAUAAAAGAGGGGGAAUACCUGCCAGAGCAGGUGUUUAAUGCUGCCGAGAUGACCCUCUUCUGGAAAAAAAUGCCAGGACAGACAUAUAUCUCUAGGAAUGAAAGAUGUGCUCCUGGCUUUAAGGCAUCUAAAGACAGGUUGACCAUCCUCCUCUGUGCAAACGCUAGGGGAGACUGUAUAAUCAUGCCAAUGUUACUCUACCACUCUUUUAACCCCCGGGCACUUAAAAACAAAGAUAAGGAUAAUAUGUCAGUUUUCUGGAGGUUCAAUACAAACUCCUGGCUCAACAGAUGUAUUUUUAGGGAAUGGUUUCACCAAUGCUUUGUACCUGGAGUCGAGGGCUAUCUGACGUCCAAGCAGUUGCCUUUUAAAGCCUUACUGCUCCUAGACAAUGCUCCUACCCACCCACGUGACUUAACUCACUCAUAUCCUAACAUCAAGGUAGAGUUCUUGCCUCCUCAGAUGGUUCCCAUACUUCAGCCUUUAACUGAUGCAUUUAAGAGGUAUUACACAAUGUGCACUUUCCGUCGUAUUUUGAAUGCCGUUAAAAGUGAUCCAGAGGGAGACUUAGAUAAAUGUUGGAAGGAAUAUAAUAUUGCACACUGUAUUGAAAAUAUCAGGGAGGCAAUUGACGAGGUCACAGAAUCUACCAUCAAUGCCUGUUGGAAGAAGUUGUGGAGCGAAGUGGUGAAUGACUUCAGCAUGUUACCCGAUGUUGAGGAGGAGGUGAGAAGAAUUCUUAGGCUGGCUUGGCAGUUUGGAGGUGAAGGUUUUGUUGACAUGAAGCACACAGAGGUGGAGGAACUACUUGCUUCUCACAACGUUCAGCUGACGAAUGAGGAAGUCGAAGAGAUGCAGAAGAUUGAAAUUGUAGACAGUAACAGUGAUUCCAAAGCAGAUACACUGAAUCUGGAAAAUCUGUCAGAGUUGAGGAAUGAUCUGACUUCUAUCACUGAUAGAAUUUUUGCAAUGGAUCCAGUAAAGCAGCGGAGCUUGGAGUUUAAGAAAGGAAUGGAGGUGUUGUGUCGUCCCUACAACGAACUCUAUAAACGUCUUCGCCAGUCAGCCAAGGGGAGCCCAUCCCACGUUUUUAUCAAGUUAAAAAGUCUUGCACCUCAAUCACCCCUUUCAACACCUCCAAAUCAAUAACUUCAACCACAACUACUGAAGCAAAAGCUACAGUCACCACCUCCAGAGCAUAAUCUACAGCCACAGCCGCAAACACUGUCAAAGCAGCUAUAGCAGCCACCACCACCGAAACCUAAACUUCAACUAUCACUUUCAAAAGAGCAUAAAUUUCAGUGAAUGAUCUUCUAUACCUUUACCUCCCUUUGAUGGGUUUUGAGAAUUUCCUAUGCAGUCAAGCUUGUCUGGUCAAGCAGACUGUUACUACUGGUAUCCUGCUAGCCCACAUAUCCAUCACAUCCUGGUUGUGAUGGAUAUGUUAUACAAAAAUGUACAACAUUGAUGAUUAUACAUGACUUUAAUGAUUAAUGUUAAUCAUGAACAAUGCUCAAUUUCUGGAUAUAUUAUGAUGUACAUCUUGAUAUAUAGUAUUGUUCAGCUUAUAAGAGGUGCCACAGUAUUGGUAGUGGACUUUUCAUCCAAGGAAUUGUAGUUGCCCACUGACGUUCCCCAGAUCAAAACUGAUUACCUUCCAUAGCCUAGGGGUUGGACAGUCCUUGUGGGUUUAGCACUGCUCCAUGAAUACAACUCAAAAGACUAUAUUUUCAUAUAUCAGUACAUUGAUGGAGAAGAGCAAAGUCCAUAAUGGUCAGAAAAAAAAAAAAGUCCAUGACUGGAUUAUACAAAUAACUCGCACUUAAGAGAAAGAAAUUUAUGAUGACUCACGAAAUCGUAAUGACACGAUUGCAAACAAACCAUACCACGGGUGGGGUUUGAACCCGUGGUAUGGUUUAUGAUGACGUUUUGGUCUGACCUAGAUCAUUAAUUGCUUAUACACUGGUUAAAGGUCCGAGUCGGAUUGAAACAUCAUUUUAGAUUCUUUCUUCUGUGUGCAGGUCAUUUGUGUAUCUGUAAUGGUCAUACAGCACCUGGGAGCCAAUCAGGUUUGAUCUAAGGAAGGGUAGCUUCAACUCCUUGGAUGCUUUGCUGUCAUCAGGGUGCCCUUUUUGAGGAGAAUAUAAUAAGUUAAAUAAAACACUGAUUAACUUUUAUUUAUAUAAAUGACAUAAUCUUAAGUUUGAUUUAUCCUCUAUAAUAAAAUUAAAAUUAUUA